AUGACUUCGGCCCGUUCUGCCUUGGCGGUCAUUGAGCAGGUGGCGGCACAGCAGGGAGGCAUAGACUUCGAAGCUGCUUCGCUUGUAGAGUUUCCUCUUGCUAGAGACCUCUGCAAACGCCUGCUCGAAAUCAACCCCAGCAGACGCAUACAGACUGCAGCCCAGGCAAUAGCACACCCCUGGCUUGACACUGUGAGGCAUCGUUUGCCGCCUGCCCCUCGACUUCUUGGCCAUGGAGCCGUCUGUACACCUGAUGCGCAACUGUGUUGCCGUUGCAGGCCACCAAAAGCCUGCAGCAACAACAGAAGGCCACCAACUGCCUGCUCCAAUGACGAUGCUGCCGUUGCGCUUGCGCUAAUAGAUCCCGAGGAGCCAUCCAACAGUGUGGAACAGCACCUCACGACAACAGCAGCAGCAACACCAACAGCAGCAGCAGGAGAGGCAGCAGAAAACCUGCGCCCUGUGGAAGCGCAAGAAGAUAUGCUUGCCGCAGGUGACAGCAGCUGCUGCAAACAUAUGGAGACAACCAGCAACCCUUACUCCGACCUGCUGGAGCAGAUUCCUCUAUUGCCACCAUAUCGCAAUCAAGGGCGAGCAGCAUCCUCAGCAGCACCAGCCACAGCAGCACCAGCGAAUAAUAGAAGUGAAGCCACGAUGAAGUCCUUUUCUCCCAUGCACGGCAGCAAGAGGAGGACGCACGGGAACAGUACCAGCAGUAACUGUAGCAGCAACAGCUGCAGCAGCAGCAGCUGCUGCAGUAGCAUUAGUAGCAGCUGCAGCUCUCAACUCUACCCGGGUCUCGAGGAGCGUCCCUCUCCGGUGUUCGGAUCGAAGCAGCCGAGACACCGAAUAGAGGGGCGCAGCAGCUGCUUCAGUUCAGACGGCAGCUGCUGCAGCUCCGACGUGCAUCAGCAGGUGUUCGAUGCCACGAGUUUGUUGGGUCAUGCUGAUGAGGGAACAGCUUUAAAGGAUAGGCCACGACACAGCAGCAAUAUGUUUAUUUAG